GUACAGCUCUGGAGUAGAUCCGCGAGACAGAAGCUCACGACUUACAACCGAACCCGAACCCCGGUGACGAUGAAGGCGAUCAGCCCAGUGUUGCCGAUGCGGAGGACUCACGUCAGCUCUCACGCGCAGGAUCUCGGGAUCUGGAGAAGUAAGAGCGCGUGGGACGAGCCGCUCGGUGUGCUGUGCGACAUGAACGACUGCUACAGCCGCCUGAAGGAGCUCGUGCCCAGCCUGCCGCAGGACCGGAGCGUCAGUAAGAUGGAGAUCCUGCAGCACGUCAUCGAUUAUAUCCUGGACCUCCAGAUCGCGCUGGACUCCAGCACGGCCAACGCGAGUCCACAAGCGCAGAGGCGUCCAGGGCAAGCAGGCGGUUCCUCCAGUCCUGAAUCCGACCUCAGCUCCUUUCAGAUAAGUCACUUUGCGAGAGAAAUGAACACAGAUGACCAGAUAACGAUCUGAAGUGGUGUUUCUCUGGAGCAAAAACAGGACCCUCUUUUCUUUUUCUUUUUUCUUUUCUUUUCUUUUUUUUUUUUUUUUGGUUGUUAUCCUUCCGUGUACUUUUGCCUGGACAUCGUCUUGACUGACACGGAUUUCCCUCAAACGGAGACAAACCAUUCUGUAUGUCUGAUUUAUAUUUAUCUGCAGGCCAUACACGACCUUUCUUCCAAAGGAAGACCUCAUUACAGGACUGAGAGAACCAGCUGUUUAGAAAAUAAAGAAAGGGAAAAAUGAACGUGGGGUGGGGGGGUGGGGGACGCCUUUUUGUGAAGGUGUCAAGCUGCAGGCUCGGUGUGAUCAGAGAGCGCCGAUGAUCAGCAGUGCUGAGGGACUAACGGAUCAUAUUUGGCCGUUACACUUACCAUAACCAUAACACGCGACGCGUUACCUUCACUUCAGUUUUUAAAAACGUUCUUUCAACAGAAUUUAUGCAGCACCUUUCUUUAUUUACACUUUUAUUGAUUUUUCUUUUCCCCAAAGCCAUUCCUGAGCCAGUAGAGGGCGCUGCAGCUGAUUUACUGCAUUCCGGCAUUUAGCUUCAUAGGCCUACUUUUAUUUUUAAAAAAUAAUAUAAACCAUGUUACGAUUUUUAGGAUCAAGCUGAGAAGUUUUGUGUUUUUUGUCAUGGCAUUAAAAUUGUAUUCUAUUAAUAUAGCCUUUCAGUACCAUUUACCAUUAUUGUAUAUUUAGCCAUUUACCUCCUUCCAGGUAAGGGUUGGUUCGACUAAUCACGAGUGUUAAGAACGUGUUACCUGGGACAGGAAUAAAUAUUAGAACUUUCAAAAUCCUUGCCAACACUGAAGCUCCACCCCUAAAUGGGCAUGAGAUGAACUGUGUGUGUGUGCGUGUGAAUGAAUGUUAAAGCUGGGUAAACGGUAAAGGGUCACGGCGUGCCGUUCCUGUAAAGCGCAUCGAUGUUUUCCUUUAAUUCUGCUGGAAUGUGAUGUUAGUAAUGCCAAAUGAUUUUCUAUAAAUAAUGUAAAUUGCACUUUUAUAUGAAAUAAAUUAUGAUGUAGAAUACGAAA